AUGUUUCUCCUCUUCUCAAACACCAACAUCCUCCUCCUCCCCUCUCCCAGCUCAGCAGCAGUGAAGGGUCGAAAGACGAAUAAUUGUGGUAUCAACUUGUGUUCCCCAAUCCUGUUUGGUCCCCCCUUCUUUGUGCUUUUCCUUGCUGUUUUCAAUCCCUUUGCUUCCCCAAGUCAGUCCAGGAUGGCCUUCCACAUUACCGCACUCCCCCUUAAGCCAGAAGCCCGAAUCCCACUCCCACCUCAUAAUCUCACCCCAUUUUUCCCAAUGUUGGGGAAAGAGGAGGAGAAUGAAGCUGUGAGGAUGGAGCCUGUCGUCUUCCUUGUCAUUGCGGACACCCGAUCUCGCUCUAAGGACCCCUGCAUCUUCAUCUUCACUUCCGAGCUCGUCCUCCUCCUCAUAAUUCUCUCUGACGACCCACAACAUAUGUUCAACUAUCAUCAGGGAUCGAGUGGAGAUGGUGAACAUGCCACUUGUGUGCCGGAGGCUUGA